AUCGACGCCAAAGAAUAUUAUUAUUCCCAUUAUACCCUUUUCCCCAAUUCCACGCCAAUAAUAGUAAUGGUAAAUUAGUAAAGCGGGCGUAGUCAUGCCUCUAUCCGACCACUGACUAAGCAAAGACCAACGCCACUAUAAAACUCCGGCAGCCGCCCCGCCACGCCACCAUCAAACAUGGCUUCCAUCGGAUUUCAGCCGCUCGACGAGAAGUUACUGGUGGAGUACAUGAAGGCGACUCCAUCUCUCGCCGCCAGGCUUGGCAACCACUUCGAUAAGCUUGAAAUCAAGGAAGUCGGCGACGGAAAUCUCAACUUCGUCUACAUUGUUAGUGGACCCUCGGGAUCUAUCGUCAUCAAGCAGGCUCUUCCAUACAUUCGUUGUAUAGGGGAAUCAUGGCCCAUGACUAAAGAACGUGCCUAUUUUGAAGCGUCAGUUUUACAAGAACAUGGUCGCUUGUGUCCGAAUCAUGUUCCUGAGGUUUACCACUUUGACAGGACAAUGUGUUUGAUUGGUAUGCGUUACAUUGAACCACCUCAUAUUAUCUUAAGAAAAGGACUGAUUGCUGGGAUGGAGUAUCCGUUGCUUGCUGACCAUAUUUCGGAAUAUAUGGCAAGGACACUCUUUUAUACCUCCCUACUGUAUCAGACCACUACCGAUCACAAAAGUGCUGUCGCUAAAUUUUGUGGAAAUGUGGAGUUAUGCAGACUUACUGAACAAGUUGUGUUUUCUGACCCAUACAAAGUGUCUGAAUACAACCGUUGGACGACUCCUUACCUUGAUGCUGAUGCUGAGGCGGUUCGGGAGGAUAACAUUUUGAAACUUGAAGUUGCUGAGCUGAAAUCUAAUUUCUGUGAAAGAGCCCAAGCUCUGUUACAUGGUGAUCUCCAUACUGGUUCAAUCAUGGUUACUCCUGAUUCAACUCAAGUGAUAGAUCCUGAAUUUGGUUUCUAUGGGCCUAUGGGAUAUGAUAUUGGAGCCUUUAUUGGAAACCUGAUUUUAGCUUAUUUUUCACAAGAUGGACAUGAAGAAAAGGAGGAGGAUCGUAAAUCAUAUAAGAAGUGGAUCUUGAAGACAAUAUUAGAUACUUGGAACCUCUUCCACACAAAGUUCACUGCUCUUUGGGAUAAACACAAGGAUGGUUCUGGUGAUGCUUAUCUUCCUGCAAUUUAUAACAAUCCAGAACUCCAGUUGCUGGUAAAGCAAAAAUAUAUGGACAAUCUUUUCCAUGAUGCUCUCGGAUUUGGUGCUGCUAAAAUGAUAAGGAGAAUUGUUGGUGUGGCUCAUGUUGAAGAUUUUGAAUCUAUUAAAGAGGCCGGUAAGCGUGCCGAAUGUGAGCGCAAAGCUCUGAACUUUGCUAAGACCCUUCUGAAGGAAAGGAGAAACUUCCACAAAAUAAAUGAAGUUGUUUCUGCAAUUGAGGAUCUCGACACAUAAGAUAUCUGUUCAAGGUAAACUAAACAAGUUUUCAUUUAUUUUUAGUAAUUUCCUGGAUAAUUAAUGCUUCGUGCCUAGCCACGUUCUCAAAUAUUCAGGAUGGUUUAUAAUGUAAUCUAUUGUGUAUCGUAAUGUUUGAGAUUGCUUAUAGCUACCUGUCCGGACAAAGGUGUGAAAAUAAAUAAGUUCUAGUUUCUACUUA